CUCGAUUCAUUCUAAAGGAGAAAAAAACAAAAGAUGUAUUAUGUUUGUCAAUCACGGUGGGACUCUAGCGUUUUGCAAGCGCCAUGGAACUGCCCAUAGUGCCACCGCCGUGCUCUUUGUGCGGCGCCCUUGUGGCGUAUUUGUAACUGCUCGGUGCAGUUUUUGGGAUGGCGGAUGCCACCGCCAGGUGGCAUCUA